ACAAGGGCAGAUUUGCCAUCAUAUCUCUGCAUCGGUUGUCAUAGGCAAAUGAAAAUGGAUACAAAUAAUAUCAUUAAAUAAUAAAACUCGAAACUGUUUCGACCUUUCCCGUCAUUUCAUUUUUAAUUAUUACAUCGUAUUCCAUAAAUACAACGGGCCAAAACCUUAUAUAUAAAACUGUGAGGAUGCUGCAGCCCCCGAGGCCCGGGGCGACUUCGAUCAUCGUGCCGUGGGUGGAUUUAAGCAGCGCUCCUGACUGUUUGUGUUCGCCUGCAUCAUCAUGAGCUCUCGGAAAUAUCUCUCUUAAUAUUUUAAACGCGUCUCUCUUUUUGGAGUUUAGUAAGUACGGUGGGGAAACAGAGGACAAUAGAAGAGAGAGGCCGUGUUUGGUUCGCGCUGUGCGGGCUGAUCGCAGUCGCCCUACUCCGCCCCCGAUGGACCUGCCGGGCUGCGCGCUCCCCAGGCCGCACGCUGCUUCCGCGCGCCGGACCCCUCGGACAGCUCGCUUCUUCCAGCUGCGAUUCUAACCGUACUUUUUCGCUCUCUCUCUCUCUCUCUCUCUCUCUCGCUCUCCCUCUGAUGCCGGAUCGCGGCUUCGUCUCAGCCAUGGAGGACGAUUUAGUGUGCGAUUACGACUCGACGUGGGACACGGAGAGCGACGCCGACGAGUUGGCGGAGAGCACGCCGCGGCGCUCCGGCCACGACAAGAGCCAGAAGUCGUGGGGAUUCUGGUCAAAUCCAUCAUCAAGAAACCUCCGUGCUGCAAAGGACAUGCAGAACUAUAGAAGAGGAUAUCCAAAUAUCAGUGAAGAUGAAUGUCAAGAGGAAAGGAUGAAUAAUUUGAAAUUUUAUCUGAAUGAAAUCACUUCAUCUCCUGAUGAGGUCUCAAUAGAAGCUUUUCACAAAGAAUGGAAGACCGAUUAUAAAAGAUUGGAGAGAGUCCAUUCCUAUAUUCAAUGGUUGUUUCCCCUUCGAGAACCUGGAGUGAACUACAUGGCUAGUGAACUUACCAAGAGGGAGAUCCAGGAGUUCCGUAAAAAUGAGGAGGCAAAGCGGAGGCUGGUGGAAUCCUAUGAGCUUAUGCUGGGUUUCUAUGGCAUACAGCUGCUCAACAAGGAGACAGGAGAAGUAAAACGUGCUGAUAACUGGAGGGAGAGAUUUGCCAAUCUUGAACGAAACAUGCACAACAACUUGCGCAUCACCCGUAUCCUAAAGAGUCUGGGGGAGCUGGGAUUUGAGCACUACCAGGCUCCACUAGUGCGUUUCUUCCUGGAAGAGACGUUGGUCCGGAAGAACCUCAGCACAGUGAAGCGCAGUGUGCUGGACUACUUCCUGUUUGCUGUCCGGAACAAGAAAGAGAGGCGGAACCUUAUAAAAUUUGCUUUUCAGCACUAUGAGCCCAAGGACAAAUUUGUUUGGUGUCCCAGAAGGAUUCAGAAGCGUCUGAAGAAAAAGUCAGAGAAAAAACAGGAGGCAGCCAGCAGCAAAGACAGCUUUACAGCAGAUGAAGGUCGGUCAAAGAGCAACAUCAAGGACAUUGAGGCUGGGAAUGCCCGUGGGGAAGAGAAGACUACUGACACCAUGGAGGUUCAAAAGCAGGUUGUGGAUGAAGAGAGUGUUGACUCAGGCAUGUUACAGGAGGGAUCUUCUGUUGACCCUGAACCGCCAAUGAAGGAGUCCACAGAUGGCUCUCAGUUACUGGAUAAUGGAGAAACUGACCACUCCAACAGCACAGAAUCAGAUUGUGAAAACAGCAACGGAGGGAAAAAUGGCUGCCAAAUGAAGGAAAGCAUCUGCAAGUCAGAAAAGGGCAAAGCAACAGACCUGGGUUCAGUUGCCUCUGAAAAUGGAAUGGGAAAGCAAAGCAAGAAGAAAAGGGAAGGAAUUGCUGCAAUGUCAUGCAAUGGCUCAGGAGAGGAGCUCCCAGACAGCCAGGAUGUGGAAAUGGAUGGAUCACUGUCCCCAGAUGAUGGUCACGAUGAGUGGCAGCUCCAAAACUGCCCUAUGAGCACCGAGACUCGCAGGUUGGCCAGGGAAGGUAGCGGAACCAUUUCCCCGCCUCCAGAAGAAGGUCGUGCAGAAAAACAACCCAGGACUGAUUUUGGUGAUGCUUUCACUACAACCAGUAACGGGGAGAAGACCAGCGAUCCAGGAAAAGUGGCAAAUAAAGAGGCAACCAAUGGUCCAAACCUGUUAACGCAGAGCACUGUCACGGUGUCAGAGGAAAACGUGGAGACCAGGGAUAAACGGACAAAUUCAACUGACAGCCAUGGCUGUGGUGAGGUUAUGGACAUUGAGUCCUCAAAAAAUAUACACAUGGAUUUGUGUCGAUUGUGAGCUGUGAGCAGCAGAAGGAACAUACCAUACAUGAAUUAAUUUCCUGGACCUACAAUGAAGUAGUUAAGAAGUUACUGAAAAUAAGUUUUGAUUGUAUUCCACGCCUUAGAGUAGAUAUUGAAGGGAUCAUCUUGGUUCCUAGCAAAUGGUGGACCACUUCCUGAAACUUUCAUUGCUACAUUGUUUACGUCCUUGUUGUCUAAGACCAGGUUUGCUUCUGUCCUUUUGAGAAACAGAUUUUAACUUAUUUGUGCUAUUCUCAUCAACUGGAUAGAGUAAUGCAUUUCAUGACUGAUGUUCAUUUGACUUUAGCCGCCUAGUGCUGGCCAGGGGCAUCUGAGUUCAAAUUUGUCGAAAAGCAGGACUUAACAUGAUAAAACUUAUCUGGGAGACUUGUAAUACAAUGUUAAAAAUGUGGUUGUCGGUACAGUUUUUGCACAUUGUAGGCUGAAAGUAUUUUGUGUAAUACAUCAUAGAAAAUGUUCUGUGUUUCAGAAAAAAAAUUUUAAUCUGUUAACCAGAAAACUGUCCAGUAUGUCAUGAAUGCAGUUUUUUGCACUGUUUAAAUAAAAAAUGAGCAGCAUAAUUCCUUUACUUUGCCAUAUAUGCCUGUACAACAAAAUAAAAGUACUUCACAUAAUGAAAUACAUACAUACAUACAUACAUACAUGAACACAUGAUUGUACUUUAAGUGUUUUUAAGGAAUUGUUGUGCAUAACAUUUCCAUGACAUGUUGCCAAUUAAUUGUAUGAAUUGCGAAGAAUAGCCAAGUAGUUGACUUUUUGAUUGUAUUAAAUACACGCAGUAUGGCCAUGAUGUGUCA